GAAACAAUGUCAGUGAACUGCCAUUUUGACAUCACGUUGUCACUUGUUGAUCUGUCGUCUUGUCCAUGCGUGAUUGUACCCUGUGAUAGAAUUAUGCUCAAAUUUGUGACCUGUGAUCUUUGAUUGAUACUAUUUCUUCAUAAAUCAAAGCUAUAAUUUCUUUAAUCUUGUAUUUGAACUGAAGGAGUGUUGUACGUGUGAUUUCCAGCAACCGAAAAUUUGAAAAAUGGAGCUGCGGUUAGUGACCUACAUGUGUCCCAGCUUGCCGGUAGAACUAUUUGAGUUGUUCAUGAGUUAUCUUGAAGAAGCGUUGGUUUGUGAUGCAACUCUGAUCUAUGAAUCAAGGGCUCCCGGUCCCCUAACUGAUCGACAGGAUCCUUUCACUAAAAACUCUGUGGAUAUUGCAUUUAUGUCACCAGCUGCCUGGUUGAAAAUGAUUCGCGAGAAGCGCACUGAAUUCGCAGAACUGCUUCCUGCCACGGCUGUUUUCAAACACCCAAACAACAAAACAGGAAAGCUCGGCUAUUAUUCAGAUAUUGUUGUUCAUAAAGAUGGCAGUGAUCACGUGAAGUCGUUUCUCGACCUGAGAGGAUGCCACUGGGCUUACAGUGAUGAGGACUCACUCAGUGGAAGCGUAAUCGUACUACAAAGUCUCAGAGAACUCGGAGAGAAUGCUACGUUCUUUGGCAACACAUUGAAAUCGAGUUCGCACGUGCAGACAAUCAGGAUGGUGCUGGAGAAGCGAGCCGAGGCGGGGGCAGUGGACGCGAAUGCUCUGCACUGCAUGCGUCAGGGACUGCACGACCACGGAGCCGACCUCUGUGUCAUCGACAGUCUCGGACCACUGCCGCCCUACCCCAUCGUACUCAACUCCAGGCUGCCUGAUGAUGUGAAAUCAAAAAUCACCGAAGCGUUCAUGGCUAUGCCGAGGACGAGGUUAUGGGGCGAGCGACUGCUCAAGUUUGGAAUUGUUGAUUUCGCCCCAAACUCAAUGGACAACUACUCAUCAGCCACCGAUAUUGUUGAAAACGCUAAAAACAAUGUCAUAGGAGUCCGCUAUUACUAAACACCUAUUUAUUCCGAGUUUCGAAACAUUCCAGUUGAACGAAAAUGAUUACAGGGAGAAAAAUUGAGGAAGGAAGAAUUAUUGAUGUGGCGGAGAGGGGAAUUUCAGAAGAAAGAAGGAGAAUUAAAGAAUAAACAAGAGUUGCAGGAGAAAGAAUUAUAAUCGAUGAACAUGUCUCGCAGAGGUUUUGAAAUUCAUCCAGAUUAAGGUAAAUAAACUCCACACUUGAGUUCUUCAACUUUGGUUCUCAGUACAAAAAUUACGCUUAACUUCUUGUAAAAACAUUGACCAUGUAGUUGCUUUCUUUCAAAAAGUAAACUAGACUUUGUGCUUGAUUUACAGUAAAAGGAAGGAAGAAUAAUUGAUGUGGCGGGUAGAAGAAUUUUAGAAGAAAUAUGGAGAAUCGAAGAAGAAACAAGAUUUGCAGGAGAAUGAAUAAUUUAUUGAUGAAAAUAACUCGCAGAGAUUCUGAAAUUCGUCCAGAUAAAGGUAUAUAAACUCCACACUUGAAAUUCUUCAACUUUGAUUCUCAGUACAAUUUACUCUUGAAAAUACAUUGAUCAUGUAGUUGCUUUCUUUUAAAAAGUAAAGUAGAUCUUUAUGCUUGAUUUACACUAAUCAGUAGAACAUUUAAGGUGCGUACAGAUAUACGCGCCGCGAACAUGAGCAAUUCACUUUUAAUCAGCUGAUUAUAUCUGUAUUUUUACAGAAACGGUAAGAUACAGAUAUAAAAAGCUUGGCAUCAGCUGAUUAAAAGUGAUUAUAUCUGUAUUUUUACAGAAACGGUAAGAUACAGAUAUAAAAGCUUGGCAUCAGCUGAUUAAAAGUGAACUGCUCAUGUUCGUGGCGCGUAAAUCUGUACGCACCUUUAGAGUAACCCCUUAUUAGCUAAUCAUCUAGUUGAUCUACCUAGUUUUAUUUGCUCUAGACUAUCAAUAGUAAUGUUUUGAAGGGACGGAUUCAAAGAGCCUCACACGUCAACCGAAGCUUAUUGUGUGUCGAACUGAAUAGUACCUAACUAAUGUAUAGCUCUCUAAUUGAAAGAAUACGACGUUCAUGUUCUUCCGUUUGGGGAAAAUUUCUUGGUUUUUCUAGUGGAAUCUGUACACUAUAAAUCUUUAACGAAAUGAAUAGAUUAAUACUAUUGUCUCAAAUCUCUAUCAGAACAAGGUGAAGAAAAAACCAAUUCAAGAACUGCGAAAAAAAACAUUUAUUUUAUGUAGCAAAAUUCUAUUUUUAUACAAAUAACAAUAUAUUUUUUUACAAACAUUA